AUGGGAAACAUAGUUCAGUGCUGUCACAUUCUGUCACACUACUUUAGGUGUAAGGACACACCAGGCCAGGGUGAGGCAGAGAGAUCCCCCCUGCUGUCCAGUGAAGAGAGUGAAUGUUGUGACGACCUGGAGGACGAUCUGUUGACCGUCUCCGCCGGCGUGACGAACCCAUCCCUCGAUCCACAGCACUUCCUGUUCCCCGACAUCAUCCUGAGCAGCAGCCUGGGAGGGGACAUGACCCUGGUGGAGCCCAUGGUGUGUCUGCUGGUGUCCGAGGAGGAGGAGGAGGAGGGACGAGGGGUGGGAGUGAGCAGGGUGUUUGACCCAGGACAAGAGAGGAGCAUCAUGAGGAGAACCAGGGGGUUCUCUGAGGUGGAGACGCAGACGGAAAUGGACACACAGAUCGGUAUGGAGGUGCAGACUCAGACAGAGACUCAGGCAGAGGUUCAGACACAGACAGAGAUGUUUGUGUAUCUCAGGUCUGAGGAUGUGGAGGAAAAACAUGAAAUACUGCAGAAGGUGGAAACAUCACGAGAGAGACACUCAGAAACUCUCUAUAAUUUACCAUCAGAGAAAGAGAGGGAACAGAUGCUGGGAUCUGAAACCUGGUCUGACGGUGACAUUUUUACUGUGUUAGAGGAGUCAGGGAAAGUGGGGGAACAUUCAGAAAGAAACAAACUGUCCUUCAGAGAUUUACACGAGGAAGCAGAAGAAGAAGAAGUGAAGAUCUGUAUAUUACAAACAGAACAAUACACUGAGCUACAAGAGGAAGCAGAUGUUUGGAAGGUGCAGCAGAAGGAUAUUGUUGGUGAGGACCAUGCAGAGUUUACCUGGACAGAGGCGGAUGUAAAAGACAAAGGAGUAAGUGUUCAAUCAGAGUGCACUUCAGUGAUGCUGACUGAACCUGAUGUAGACAACACGGAGGAGAAGGAAUCACGAAGGAAGCCGACCUUUGACCCUACAGGGUGUCCAGUAGACCCCACGCAGGAGAGCGAGCAGGAUGAAGAGCCGAUCAGUGAGCGCUCGCAUCAGAACGUAAACAAAAAGGACCUUAACACGAAAACAGAGAAAAAACUGUUUGAGGACGACACUGAUCAGUCGAAAGUUCAUGUUGAAAGUCAGGAAAAGAGGGAAGAGGAGGAGGCCGAGAGUUCAGGUCUGCAGGAGGCUGUGGAGACAGAUCUGACUCAGGAGGAGGAGGAAGAGGAGGAGGAGGAGGAGGAGGGAGCUGAGAGGAAGAAGUUGACCUUGUUUUUAGUCGACAGGUUGUUUCUGGCAGCACCACAUGUCAAAGCACCUCCUCUUCAAAAUGCAGAAAGCCCCGAGGAAGCUGGUGUUGAACAAUGUGAAACUGACAAAAAGGAACAACUCAGCAUCCGUGACAUAGUAGAUCUCCAAGAGACGGGAUGUACUGUCAGAAUCCAACCUCCUGGAGCAGAGAGUUUGGAGCUCCAGGUGUCAGGCCAGAUGUUGGUGGCCGAGCUGCACCAGGUGCUGAUGGAUCACGAGGUCACAUGUCAUCGCACACGUUUCUCUCUGCAGCUGGGAGGCGCCACGCUGGACAGCCUCACAGAGCUGCGCUGCAUCCAGGGCCUCCAGGACGGAGCGCUCAUCAAGCUGGUGGAGGAUUCUUACACAGUGCGUGACGCUCGUCUUCAUCUCCAUCAUGUCUGUGAUCUUCUGAGGAGCCUCGACCCCGCGGACGCUUACAACGGCGUGAACGGCAGCUCGCUGUCUUACCUCACCUUUUACACCAGAGGAGACAAGGACGGGGAAAAUGUGGGGAAGAGGCGAGUCUCUGAGAAGGAGUCCGUUGACCACAGGCCUCCGGAGUUCAUCCUCCCUGGAUGUAAGGAGCGACCUCUUCUUCCCCUGCAGCCGGUCAGAGACGACUGGAAGCCUUUACAGUGCCUGCGGGUUCUGACCAUGAGCAGCUGGAACCCUCCUCCAGGGAACAGGAAGAUGCACGGAGACCUGAUGUACCUCAACGCCCUGACCAUGGAGGACAGAGAGCUCAACAUCACGUCCUCUACACGUGGUUUCUACCUCAACCAGUCAACUGCCUUCAACUUCAACCCGAAACCUGCCGCUCCCAAAACCCUCUGCCACUCCCUGGUUGAGCUGCUGAAUCACGUCAGUCCUGCGUUCAGGAAAAGCUUCAGUGCCCUGCAGAAGAGAAGAGUCCAGCAGCACCCUUAUGAGCGCUUCGCAGCACCUUUUCAGGUGUUCACCUGGACGGCCCCCCACGGAGAGCACAGCCUGGACUGUGUCCGAGCGGAGGAGACGCACGCCAGCCACAUGGGCCAGGACAAGCACACAGCCGGGCAGAGCCGGGAUUGGAAUGAGGAGCUGCAGGGAUGCAGGGAACUUCCCAGGAAGUCCCUGCAGGAGCGUCUGCACAGAGAGAGGAGCGUGUUUAAGACCAACAGUGACUUUGUUGCCGCUGCAACACAAGGUGCUGUGGCCGUAAUCGACGGUAACGUCAUGCCGAUAAACCCCAGCGAGGCGCCUCAUAUGCAGAUGUUCAUCUGGAACAACAUCUUCCUCAGCUUGGGGUUCGACAUAUCUGAGCACUACCGACCACUGGGGGGCAACACUGCUGCUCACGCUGCUGCCACCUGCGACCUGAGAGGAGCUCAGGCAUAUGCAUCUGUCGACACAGCCGGGCUUCACACCCUUGGGACGGCUGUGUUGGAUUAUCGUGGCGUCCGUGUCAUCGCUCAGACGAUUGUUCCAGGGAUACUGGAGAAGAGUCAGGAGCAGAGUCUCGUCUAUGGCUCUAACGACUAUGGAGCAACUGUGUUUACGCACCCAAGGUUUCUGGAGCUUCUGGACAAAACCUGUAAACCACUGAGAAUCCAGCGUCACCAGGUGCUCAACCAAGACAACAUCCCAGUGGAGCUUUGCUCUGGCAUUGAAACCAAGGGCAUCCUGGGUAAUGAUGGACGACCUUACAUCUUGGAUCUUCUCCGCACCGUCCCCCCUGACCUGAACUUCCAGUUCUCAGAGACUGCAAGUGAGGCAAGGGAGACGGGGGAGACGGGGGAGGAGGUGCCAGAGGAAUGUAGGAGCUUGGGUUACCCGAGGCGACAUCGUCACAGCUUGGCCAGCCUGAGACCGGAGCUGAUAGAGGCCUUCAUCCAGCACAGGUAUGAACUUUAUGUCAAGAUGGUGGCCCAGGGGCUCAGCCAACUGGAGGACCAGGAUGAAGCUACGGAGCAGAGGGAAGAGGAUCUGGUCUGUGAGCCGAGAAGUGGAGAUGCCACCACAGCCGCAGACGCCAUGGAAUCUCAGAGAAGAGAUGUGAUGAUGAAAGCUUGUCAGGCUGUCGGAUCCGUGAGUGACUCCCGCUUUGACAUCUGCUUCAAUCCAGAUGUUUGCUCUCCAGGUGUUCGUUUCUCAGCUGAUUCUGUCGAGGACGUUCAGCGACAGAGGAAGUUGUUAUGGGAAGCAACCGCUUUUCUAUUGUCCAAUCAGAUUCCAGCAGUGCUGAGGGAGUGUCUCGACCACACAGCAGUGCCGAUGGAUGGAGGGACCCUGACGUCGCUGCUCCAUCAGCAGGGUGUGAACGUGCGAUACCUGGGCACCCUACUGGGGGAACUGCACAGGAUGGAGGAGAGAGGGAGACUCGGCCACAUCAAGAGACUUGCUCUCAGUGAAGUCCUCAUCAGAAGUGCAAAACACAUCUUCAGGACCUUUCUACAGGAUGUGGAACCUGCAGCUUUCUCUGCUGCCGUCAGUCACUUCCUGAACUGCCUCUUGAGCUCCUCGUCCUGCCCCCCCGACUCCGGCUCAGACGAGCUGCUCUCUCGCCGGAGGAGCCGACGCCGACGGAGCCACGGGAGCCGAGUCGCCGUGUUGACGGACAGCGUGUGGGCGAGGCUGACCCCCAGCGAGCUGUGGGGCAGGAUCAGAACCGAGGCCGGAGACUAUUUCAACUACACAAUAGACAGUGACAGUAUAGAUGAAGUGAUAGAAAAUGAAGGCCUUCAGAGGGUCUCCCUCCUGAGAGAGAUCGCCAUCAAGACGGGCAUCCAGGUACAGCUGAGGGAGUACGUGUUCGAGUCUCGACACAGGCCUGUUUUUGGUGAGGAAGAUGUCGUCAACAUGUUCCCUGUGGUCAAACAUCUCAAACCCACAGCGACGGAUGCUACACGGCUUGUGCAACGAGCACAGGCGGCAGUGCAGGAGGGGCUUCUCAGAGACGGCUAUGAGCUGAUAAGCCAGGCCCUGACUCUGUUCAGCAGCGUCUGUGGGGUCCUGCAUGAGGACGUGUGUGUGUGUCUGCGUCUCCUGGGACGACUCAGCUACAUCUUGGGGGAAUAUGCGGACGCUCUCAGCCACCAGGAAAAGGUUGUUAUGAGUAGUGAGCGACUCCAUGGUAUUGACCAUCCACAGACCAUACAAGACUAUACUCACCUGGGCCUGUACUGCUUUGCUGGAGGCCAACUCUCCAUCUCCUUGAAGCUGCUGUAUCGAGCACGGUACCUCACGCUGCUUGUGAGCGGAGAGGACCAUCCGCAGGUCGCACUGCUCGAUAGUAUGCUGGGUCUCGUGCUUCAUGGACUGAUGGAGCAUGAACUUUCCCUGAAGUUCCUACAGAACGCCUUAAAUUUGACCUCAAAAUACCGCGGCGCCACAUCUGUGAGGCUGGCACAAAGUCAUCAUCUGCUCGCCACCGUUUACGAGACCAAAGGAGAGUUUCGAUCCGCUCUGCAACACGAGAGGGAGGCUUAUUCCAUAUAUAAGAGCCAGGUCGGUGAGAACCACGACAGUACAAAGGAAAGCUCAGAAUAUCUGAAGAGCCUCACUCAGCAGGCCGUGGUCCUUCAGAAAGCCAUCAACCAUUUCUACAGUGACACGCCCGGUGCCUGUGUUCCACCUCCGAAGUUUUCCAGUCCGAGCCUUCUGACGAUUAUUCAGCAGCUCAACCUGACAUGUGGAAUCAUUCUCAUCCCCAUCAGUGCAAAAGAUGUAGCAGACCUGAGGAAGGGGAGGAAGAGACAGGAUAAGGUUCAAGUGGAAGAGCUGGAAACUCAGUUGCUAAAGCGGAGCAAAGACACAGGACAACAAAACUGAACCAUGCAGCUACAAUAGAACAUUGUUUUUCCUGUCUGACUUCUGAAAACGACAGAUGAAAGCCAGACACAUUGAAGGGGAACAUACUCCGGACAUCCAAGGAACAGACAGGUGCAGGCAGUUUGUUCUGCUGUUGUCUGUGAAGGAUGUUGUAGCUCCUAUUGAAAUAAAUGGAAUCCAUGAACGAAGCUGGGUGGCACUGUGGCAAAGUGGUUUGCACUGCCACUAUUAGGCUAACUUUCUGUGUGGAGUCUGCAUGGUCUCCCUGUGACUGUGGGAGUUUUCUCCAGAAACUCCAUCUUCCUCCCAGAGCCCCAAAACACGCAGCUUAGGUUAAUUGGACAAGAUAUUGAGUGUGAAUGGUGAUCAUUUUGUCAGAAAAAAACAUAUACCCUUGACUUUAUAUUAUUAUUCUGCUGCCAGAUUUGAACAGUAUGUUUAGUGCAACUUCUACUGAGAAACAAAAAUGUAGUUUCACUGUACUAAAAGGCCAAAGUUCCUAUAUUUUUUAAAUGAUGUGCCGUCAUUCUGCAAUCCCCUGUGUGUCCACAGAGUCUCACACUUGUGCCAUAGACACCUCUACGAACAUGACAUGAUUUGUUUAUGAUUAUUAAAAUACCCCCUUUUAUCGUUUUGGGUGUGUAUUAGCAGACCUUUAAUACCCACGUUACUGUUGGUAAACAAUAAGCAGAUAAUUUAAAAAUGCAAUAAAUGGAGUUAUUGGAAGGCUUUUUUAAUCUCUCUUUAAGCUCUUGAUCAAAGCCUUAGAUACACUUUGAUGUGGUAUUGUAAUGUCAUCAUGUUGUAUUUUGACAGUUGGUCUAUUGACAUAAAAUGAGGCGAUAUUGACUGUGAACUUUGUGAAAUGUAGUUUAGUAUUCGACAGAAAUGACUGAUAAUUCAAUGUAUUGCUCUGAAGUGCUAAUAUGAAAAUGCAGCCACGUGGCUGGUGUAGAAUCAUAAAAGGUCAUGUUAGUUUCCUUGGAGUCGUUUCAUUAUUCACCACCUUUGGAGCAGCUGCAUGAUUUGUCAUCAUCACUACAGCUGCUCAUAUAAAGAGAGAUGCACUUGUUUUUCACAAAGGUUGUAUAAACUUUUGCACAUAAUAAUACUACAAAAAAAACCUAUAAGAAAUGUUAGUACAACCACAGAGAAGCAUCCAGCCCAUUCUUUAUAUAACUAAAAACACUACAGUUGGUCAAGUAUGAUCUGUGAUGACAACAUGAAAAUCAACAACAAAUCCAUUCAAACAGAUGUUGGAAACCAAUAUACUGAUUAUAUAUGAAAUGGAUGAUUGUGGAAUGGAAGUAGCCGAGUAAGAAAAUAAAAUCUGAUUUGUUUAAA